AACAACAAAAUGUCAAAAUAAAUUGAAUGGAGUGAAAAGUGCUGGCUGCCGUAUUUUAUUUGGAAGUCAGAUAAACGAAGAGCGUCUAAUAAUCUCUAAUAUUUGUAAAAAUCCUCAUAGCAAAUAAUUUAGAAAUAAUUGCAUACAAAUUGCAGUUUUAGAUUUGUUUAAGUUUUAGUAAUAUUUUUGAGUUUUCCUAUAGCAGUGACAAAAGCAAAUUCCCAAACAUUAUCAAGUAGGUAGAGGACGGUCGCUGGGCGUAAUAAGAAAAUGGCGUGUGCUACACUUAAAAGAAAUUUGGAUUGGGAAUCCAUGGCGCAAUUGCCUGCUAAAAGGCGAAGAUGUUCGCCAUUUGCUGCAAGUUCUAGCACAAGUCCUGGAUUUAAAGUGUCUGAAACCAAGCCAUCUACAUUCGGAGAGGCCGUUAGUGCACCUGUGAAAAUGACCCCAGAGCGCAUGGCUCAAGAGAUCUGCGACGAGAUCAAGCGGCUGCAGCGGCGCCGGCAACUGCGGCUGGCUGGCAGCUCCGCCGCUUCGUGCUCAUCGUCGAGCGGCAGCGAGGGCGACUGCUCGCCGCCACAUCGCUCCUCGCACACUUCGCACAAGAUGCACAACCGUGCGCUCUUCACUUUCAAACAGGUGCGCAUGAUCUGCGAGCGGAUGCUGCGCGAGCAGGAGGUGGCUCUGCGCGCGGAGUACGAGUCGGCGCUCAGCACCAAGCUCGCCGAGCAGUACGAGGCGUUCGUGCGGUUCAACCUUGAUCAGGUGCAGCGCAGACCCCCGCCCAGCACGUGCAUGCCCCUCGGCAUGGACGCCGAGCAUCACAUGCACCAGGACCUCGUACCUAGCUAUCUGUCCUAAUAACGAUGGAACGGGCCCGCGGAUGCCGCUGCCAAUAUAUCAAGACAAACAUAUUUUGGUAUAUGUGAAUGCUACGUGCGGGAAUAUAGAAUAUCCUAACGAAUCAAGACAUUGUGAUCGCCCGUGGAAUCGGCCCUGGACUUACAUCGUGCCAUGCAAUAAUACAGACAAUAGACUAAUUAGUAGUAUUGAAUAUAUUUUGAAAUGUUUACUAUGUUAUGUUUCCCCACCUGUCUGCCACAAUAUGUUACGAACGAUGGCGUCCAGGACAAAUUCCACGGCACAUUCAUGCCACAUAAAAAUAAAUUAGCUUGUAAUGCUUUAGAUAAGGUUCGCUGGAUAAUUGUGUUCAUAGACUGAGGGACGACAGAGCCGGCGCUUCUGCCACCAGGAGCCGACGCUCGAUAUCUCGCCGUAUGAUUUCGGCUAUGUUUCAAGAAAAACGGGUUUGAAUUUAAGAAAUGAUACAGAGCCAAGCGUCUACUCGUAUUUUGUAUAUUUUCUAAAAAAGGUAUAUUGUGAACGAACCUGUAGCGAAUUAGUAUUUAACACAAUCAAUAUAAAUUCACGCAGAGUGCCUCUUUAAAUCAUUGUCCUCGGAAGUUUGUGAAUUAAUUAGCCGUAAUUAAUAUUACGUUCGGUAUGAUUUAUUUUUAUUGUACUUUUCUUUAUAUAGCGUUGUCGAAUUAUAGCUGUAGUUUGUAACGUUUGUUUUUCCCUUGUUUGUAUCGCGCGGCGCGGUACCAGUGGCGCGGCCGCGGUCGCUGCUCCGUGGUGCGGUGCGGCGCGCGUGUUUAUGACGAGCCUCUUGUAUCAGACGUUUGGUAAUUUUACUAUUGUAUUAGUAUUUAUAGAUCACUACUCAAUUUGUAACUCGGAAAUUAACUCGAUCACUGAUACAUGGCUUAUUAGAGAAUGAUUAAUUAGCUUUAUUUAAAUUCUUAAGUUAUUUUUCUCAAUAAUGUAGGUGUGACAACGCCGGUGCGUCGGCGUCGCGUAUAGCGUAUUGACAAACAUUAUUGAGACUUGUUUUAUAUUAUUGUUUAGUUAGUAACAUCCCUUUUUAUUGAAUACAAAAACGAUAUAAUUGUUACCAAGCAUUAUUCAAUAAAAAAAUAGGCUAGGACUUUUUUUAAAUUGUAUUAUCAGCUCAUUAUUAGUAGGUUAUUGGCGUUUAAGAACUGAAAAUAAACUAGCUAAACAUA